GUUAGAUCACGAAUUUUUUACUACAUAAAAUACCCUACUUCGCCUACUUCCAAUUUAUUUCUUAUCUAAAAAUGGCUAUUAUCCAUUGUCAAUUCUUUUCACGUUAGUUUUUGUAGGUAGCAUAAUUAUUAAUAACUAGUUAGAAAUGCUUAAAAUUAAUAACAAAAUUGUUGCAUUAAAACCAUGGGAAAACCUGGCCACCAAGAUUUCAACACGAAAUAUUUCAGCAUUAGAAAACAGGGCUUGCUACGACAUAGUAGUAGUCGGAGGGGGAAUCGUAGGGGCAGCUACAGCUCGUGAAUUGAAAAAAAGGCAGCGCCAUUUAAAAAUAGCACUAGUAGAAAAAGAAAAAGAACUAGCUUUCCACCAAAGUGGACAUAAUAGCGGUGUUAUUCACGCCGGAAUAUAUUAUACACCAGGUUCUCUAAAAGCUAAACUCUGCGUCGAAGGGAUGAAACUAGCAUAUGAAUAUUGCAACACUAAACAUAUCCCAUACAAAAAAGUAGGUAAACUGAUUGUAGCCACAAACUCAGAAGAAGUUAAAAGACUACAAGUUCUACAUGAAAGAGGUAUAAAAAAUAAUGUGCCUGACUUAAAGAAAUUAAUAGGAGCCAAUGAAAUUAAAAAAAUCGAACCGUUAUGUACGGGGUUAGAGGCAUUGUGGUCUCCACAUACUGGUAUUGUCGAUUGGAAAUUAGUAACUAAUCAUUAUGCGGAGGAUUUUAAACAAGAUGGAGGUGAUAUACAUCUAAAUUUUGAGGUAAAUGGCUUCAAUUCUUCAGAAAACGUGGAUUAUCCCAUAGAAAUUUUCUCAAAAUGCGGUAAAAUUUUCGAAUCAAAAUACGUAUUGACGUGCGGUGGUUUACAUUCCGAUUAUCUGGCCGAAUUAUCUGGGUGUUCAAAAUCCCCAAAAAUCGUGCCGUUCAGGGGAGAAUAUUUAAUUUUGGCCGCCGAAAAAGCGAAACUAAUCAAAGCGAACAUUUAUCCAGUUCCGGAUCCCAGGUUUCCGUUUUUGGGUGUCCAUUUCACUCCACGAAUGGACGGCAGCGUCUGGAUUGGACCGAAUGCUGUUUUUGCUUUUAAAAAGGAGGGAUACAGGUGGAACGACUUCAAUAUAAAAGAACUAUUCGACAACGUCACAUACCCGGGAUUUUUGAAAUUAGCGUAUAAAUAUAUGGGAAAAGGCGGCCAAGAAAUGCUUAAAUCUUUUUCACCGAAAAUGGUAGUCAGAGAUUUGCAAAAGUUCAUACCGUCUUUAACAUUCGAAGAUAUCGUUCCAGGACAAGGAGCAGCUGGAGUGAGGGCGCAAGCUUUAGAUGAAGACGGAAAUUUGGUAGACGAUUUUUACUUCGACACAAAGUCUUAUGAUAUUGGAGGCGUUACCAAAAACAGAAUUCUACACUGCAGAAAUGCGCCUAGUCCGGGUGCUACAAGUUCAUUGGCUAUUGCGAAAAUGAUUGCUGACAAGUGUGAAAAUGAAUUUAGAAUUCAAGAUGAAACAACGGAAACACAAAAAAUUACUGUUUGAGCUCGCUUUAAUGUAGGAAAACCACAUUUCAAUUAUUUGAAAAAAUAAAGCUCCCAAAUACCUAGACGAAUUUUUAUGUACGUGUUCAGUGGGGCGCUGCAAGACACAAAUUUGAGAUAUAAUAAUUGUAAACUAAAAAAAUGUUAAAAUAUUUUUAUAUGUAAAAAA